GGAUGAAAUCACUCCCUCGUUUUCACAGGAACUGAAGGCUCCAUAUAGCAUGUUGACCAGUGGUCUGCCUGUUUUGACCUUGCUAUAUAUCAGGUCGUUGUUGGAACGUCAUCAAAGAUUGUAUGUAAUGGCAGAUAACUUUUAGGAGAGGAUUCGAGGAUGAUUUGAGAAAAUCUUUCUUUGUCGUUCUUCUUCUAUUUUUUCCUGGAGAUGUAGUUGAUGGAGUAGCUGUGAAUGCUUCGUAUUGUUGUGGAUUAUAAGUGAUUAAAUAUUAGUGAGGGAACAGGAUCUCACCAGCAUAGUGUAUAGUACGACUACGGUACACCCUUCAGCUUCUGUCUGGCAAUAAGUGUUCAAUAAUGUCUUCAUGGAAGCGAUCUAGUGGUGGCUCUGGUCAAGGGUCAAGGUCAAGUGGUUCAGGACAAGGGUCAAGGUCUAGCGGCUCAGGUCAGGGUUCAUGGCAGUCUGCUCUAACGAGUACAUUGCGCAGGAUGAGUGGUGGACACAAGGGUAGCAAGGUGGCCAGACUGAAGGACAUGGAGAAACCAGUGAUCUCUCCACCAUCAAACUUUGAACACACGGUCCAUGUUGGUUUUGAUGCACACACUGGGGAGUUUACAGGAAUGCCUGAAUCAUGGGCAAAACUGCUGUCCAAUUCUAACAUAUCCAUCACAGAACAGAAGAAAAACCCACAAGCUGUCUUGGAUGUCCUCAACUACUAUGAAACCUCAACAAAGACAGAGGAGUCACGUCAUAAAUACAUGACCAACGUCAAACCACCUAGUGCGGAUUCUAUGCAUAAUGCCCUGUCAGAGAAACUUAACAUUGUGGUGUCUUUGCAGCCUCCAGCUUCCAAACCAGAAAACUCCUCAACACCCACACCUGAUGAUGUGGACGAGGAAGAUAACGAGGCUCCACCACCCCCAAUAGCCACACGGCCAGACAAAACAAAAUCUAUAUACACAAAACCUAUAGAGGCAGAUGAGAAGCCGAAUGGUGCAAUUUCUACAAAGAAUGAAAAGCCAAAGAAAAAGAAAAUGUCAGAUGAAGAGAUCUUAGAAAAAUUACGAACAAUAGUUACUAUAGGAGACCCGAAUAGGAAAUACACAAAGAUGGAAAAAAUAGGUCAAGGAGCUUCUGGAACAGUGUAUAUAGCUGUUGAAGUGGCUACAGGAAGAGAAAUAGCCAUCAAAACAAUGAAUCUGUCACAACAACCAAAGAAAGAGCUUAUUAUCAAUGAAAUUCUAGUCAUGAGGGAAAAUCAGAACCCAAACAUUGUUAAUUAUCUAGACAGCUACCUGGUUGGAGAGGAACUAUGGGUUGUAAUGGAGUAUUUAGCUGGUGGGUCACUGACAGAUGUGGUCACAGAAACCUGUAUGGACGAGGGACAGAUCGCUGCUGUUGCAAGAGAGUGUCUACAAGCCCUGGAGUUCCUACACGAGAACCAUGUAAUCCACAGAGAUAUCAAAAGUGAUAACAUCCUUCUUGGCAUGGAUGGAAGUGUGAAAUUGACUGAUUUUGGGUUCUGUGCGCAGUUGUCAGCUGAGCAGAGCAACAGGAUAACCAUGGUGGGAACACCUUACUGGAUGGCCCCAGAGGUUGUCACUAGGAAGCAGUACGGCCCGAAGGUUGAUAUAUGGAGUUUGGGUAUCAUGGCAAUAGAAAUGAUAGAAGGGGAGCCUCCUUACCUUAAUGAGAAUCCUCUACGGGCUCUCUAUCUGAUUGCUACCAAUGGCAAGCCUGACAUCAAAGAGAAGAACAAAUUAUCACCUGUUUUCCAGGAUUUCCUUGACAAAUGUUUGGAGGUUGAUGUUGAUAAAAGAUGCUCAGCCUCAGAGCUACUCAAGCAUCCGUUCCUGCGUCUUGCAAAACCACUGGCAAACCUCCAGCCAUUAAUUCUGGCUGCCAAAGAAGCUCAGAAAGGACAUUAGGCAGUUGCUGACCGAUGGUUUCUGACAGCGAUUCUGUGAUGACAUAGUUUUCUCUGUGGAAGGGAAAGGACAAUGUUUAGACCACAUAGCCAGCUUCAUCUUUAGAUCACCAUGGUGACAUGGUCUGCGUGAUGUCAGUCUUCCAAAACCAGCUUGAUAUAUAGUGUACUUACCCACAAUCUGUAUUGUAGUCAUGAUUUGACAAUGCCACAGUGCUGAUUUUGGGAAAGCAGUGUGUCCCAUUAUAUUAGUGGAAGAAAGUGCACUGUACAAUGUGAGAUUGAUCAAUCUGUGGAGCUGUGAACCCAUGUGGAAAGAACCAAUUCAUCCAUUUGUGAACCGACAUUAAACAGAUGGAUUCUUGCUUUUUUGAACUCUGUUUAAAAGAGUAAUAAUUUAGAAAUGUUUGCAAACAUGGAAAGGACUGCUUGAAUGAACUUAAAACCACACAGGAAGGAUGGUUCCAAAUGAGAACCCUCUUAGAAAAGACUUCUUUGUUAAGCUUUGACCCUGUACAAAUUUUCUAAACCAAAAUGAAUACAAACCAAUCAGAGAAUAAUUUUGAAACCCCUGUCAAAGGACUGUUAUCGUUGUAUUGCAAUGAAUGUUUUAGUGUAAACGUCAGCUCGGAGUAAAGUAGUAAAGAAAUGAAUAGCUAGGUAUGAAUGAUAACACGUUUUUAAAAUUUAAUUGAUGGGUCAUUUAGUGCUUGUACAAUUCAAAUCAAAACGGAAAACAUGUAAAAUGAGGACACUUCUAGGUCUUUUUGUCAUGGAGAAUUCAUGGACAAAUAUUUUUUGAAAAAAAUUACAUUUAUCGUUUUAGUGAGCAGUUACGAGAUGUAUUGACAGCCGGUUUCUGUCUUUACCACAAGUUUGGAAUGUAGAAACUAUAGCACAGCCAUUGUCUUAACGAUUUGUAAAAUUGCUAGACCUGCAUUGAGUCAUUAAAUGUUGGCAAAAAUAAGCAGAAAGAUCAGUAGGUGAAAACCAUUAUUAAAUACUAGAUCUAGUGUAGGAAGCUGCCAGCUGACUCUCUGCCUUUCUCCAGGCAGCCAUCUUUCUGCUUUCUCCAGACAGCCAUCUUUCUGUCUUUCUCCAAGCAGCCAUCUUUCUGUUUUUCUCCAGGCAACCAUUUCUCUGUCUCUCUCUUAAGCUAUCCAUCUCUCUGCCUCUCUCCAACUAUCCAUCUCUCUGCCUUCUCCAGCUGUCCAUCUCUGCCUUUCUCCAGGCAACUAUUUAGCUGCCUCUCUCCAGGCAACUAUUUAUCUGCCUCUCUCCAGGCAACUGUUACUGUGCUUCUCAAGGCAACUGUCUCUUGACUUAUCUCAUGGCAAUUGAACCUUAGCUUUUCUCCAGCCAUCUCUCUCUCUUCCUCUCUCCAGUCAUCCGUCUUUCUGUCUCUCUCCAGGCAGCCAUCUCUCUGCUUCUCUCCAGAAAACUAUCUCUCUUCCUCUCUCUUUUUUUAAUUCUUGUUAAGAAAAAAAACCAAACAAGGAUAAUCAAGACAAUGGUAUUUAAUGAGUCAUAGGAUGAUCAUGAGUAAGGCACUAUUGCGAAGAAAUAUUGUGUUGCUGUAGUUAAAUCUUGACACAGAAACAAUGGCAUGUUAACAAUCUUAAAACAUUACUAUUCAAGAAAUCUCAAAAACAUCCAAACACUAUGUGACGGUAUUUGUGUUAUAUGAUGGUACAUUGUAUGAUGUUGUAGAUGGUGUGAGGAGUCUGCUGGACAGAAUUAAGACAUCUGUGUGUUAUACAUGUUUAAACAAUUAUGUAUAAAUGAGUAACAAGAAUUAAUCUAGUUCUUUCUAUCGCACUGCUGCAUAAUAUUGAAUAGAAGAUUUUGUCACUGUAGUUGUCUCCUAAUGACUAUGUUAGUGUGUUUAUACACUCCUAUAUGUGGCUGCAGUAGCAGCCUAUGCGCUAUUGUUACAUCAUUGAUGUUUAUGUCAAAAAACUUACACAAAGAAGUUGCCACGGAGACAAUGGAUCGGAAGCUAAGAUAUCAUAAAGAUUUAGUAACUUUGAUCAUAUAAUUAAAAAGAUAUUAAAUUUGUCUCAUUUUCAUAUGCGAUAAAUAUCAUGAAACACUUGUCACAAAGUUUUAAGCUUGUCAGAUGCUUGCUAGAAUUAGAAAUUUUUUUGACUUUUGUUGUUAUUAUCACUAAAUCAUAUACAUUAUAUACGAUCCUAGAUGGAUGACAUUACAAGCACCUGUGCAUACAAUGAAACCUUGUUACUAUGGCGACCAGAGUCAUGUUGAUGGGUAAUGAUAUUAUCACAUUACAGAUUACAAAGUCUUUUGUCCUAGAUUCACAGAAAUUAGGUAACAAGUGGUUGUUGGACAUCAUUUGUACUAUUGUGCCUUUGGUUUGCUAAGUGUUUCAUAUUAAGCACUAAUGUGUUUUUAAAUCACACAACACUUUUGCUCAAUGUUGGAUUUCUUAUUCAUAGCAUCUUUAUGUUGCUUUUGGUAAUUACAUCCAAUCAGAUUGAUGAUUUUAUUUCAAGUAAUGAAUGAUGAUCACAGUAAGUGUCACAUACCUGAAUGACUCUUAGUUCCUGCUGUAGUACUGGUACAUAUAGCUUAACUACCACAAACUUUGUGAAAUAGUUUAUUAUUGAAGCCAGCUAUAAGUUUCCUUCAGGAGUUUAGGGACUUAUCUACUUUUCCAUCUGUAGAAAGCAAACUGAAAUUGAAUUUGUGUUUUGUUGGCAUGUGCUUGAUUUCAUUCACUGUGAUGAUGUACAUGCAUUAUUAACAGAUAUUCAUAUUUUAUCAAAGUUUCUAAUUUUUUUUGGUAAUUACCAGGUAUUUAAUUUUUAUUAAUCUAAAUAGUGCUACUCUCAUAAUGCAAGGCCCUUUAUUAAAGUUGCUUUUGCAUAACUUGUUGAAACCACUAGACCAUUUGAAUCUGCCAGAAAAAAUGCCGGGCUCAGAUCACACCGAGUCUGGACAGCAGAAUAUUUGGUGUGUACAGAUUGAGGGUGCAGUCAUAACACUCCGAAAGUAACUCGUUAUAUUUGUAGUUUUCAGAAUUUCAGCACAUAUUUCCAAAAGUAUUAAGUAUGAGAUCAAUGGAUGAUAUCUUAUUUUUAGGUCAUUGUUUUAUUCCUGAGAGGAAAUUCUGAAAUUGUACAAAAGAAGCCUAGGAUAUGACAUGUUGGUUACCUCACAGCUUAAAAUUACAUAUUUCAUAUCAUGACUAUUGAAUGCAGUCGGUGAUUUUUUCUGUAGUGCUCAUUACUUAUAUCUGAUAAUACCUAUACACUGUUAACAUUCACUUCAUCAUUAUACAUAGAAUGACUCAGUCUCUACACAUGAUGGUGUAGUUUGAUGAAGAUAUAAUCUGACAAUUUGUGACAUAUAUCAAACUGUGUUAAAGCUAUUCCAGUAAAACAUCUAACCAGGACUCUAUGUUUGUAUAGGGGUAUCGUUGGCCAUAGAAUUUAUUGAUAAUUUGCUAAUAGAAGUAAUAGAUAGGAAACUCAACCAUGGAUGAAAUUAAUUUUAGAGACCUGGGAUCAAUGUUAUACUGGAAUAAUGGUCAGUAACAAUUCAUCAGCCUUAACUUUAUUAUAGUAUUUAGGAAACUAAUUAAGGCACAGGUCUAAAAACAGUAUAUAUAGUAACAGGUAUGGUUGAUGAAAGUUGAUCACUUGGAAAUAACUGGUAAAGAAAGAUGAUUGAAUGAAUACUGCCACAUUGAUGUGUUUUCCUAACUUUAUGCAUGGUAUUAUUGUAUGUAUAGAAGCAUUUAUUGACUGUGUAUACUGCCCAACGUCCUGAUGUCUUCCCUGUCUUUCUUGCUUUACUGUAGAUAAUAAUAUUGGUGAAGUAUUGGUGCUAUGUAGUCGCUGGUAAGAACAUUACACACUUGUCAUAUCUAAUAACAUUUUAUUACAUACCUACUGUACUGUAAAAAUACUUACCAUAGCCAUACUACAAUAAACCCUUGUAAUAAACCAAUUGUUGACUUUGAGUUAGAGAUAAUAAAUUGACUUUGAGUUAGAGAUAAUAAAUUGACUUUGAGUUAGAGAUAAUAAAUUGACUUUGAGUUAGAGAUAAUAAAUUGACUUUGAGUUAGAGAUAAUAAAUUGACUUUGAGUUAGAGAUAAUAAAUUGACUUUGAGUUAGAGAUAAUAAAUUGACUUUGAGUUAGAGAUAAUAAAUUGACUUUGAGUUAGAGAUAAUAAAUUGACUUUGAGUUAGAGAUAAUAAAUUGACUUUGAGUUAGAGAUAAUAAAUUGACUUUGAGUUAGAGAUAAUAAAUUGACUUUGAGUUAGAGGUAAUAAAUUGACUUUGAGUUAGAGGUAAUAAAUUGACUUUGAGUUAGAGAUAAUAAAUUGACUUUGAGUUAGAGAUAAUAAAUUGACUUUGAGUUAGAGGUAAUAAAUUGACUUUGAGUUAGAGAUAAUAAAUUGACUUUGAGUUAGAGAUAAUAAAUUGACUUUGAGUUAGAGGUAAUAAAUUGACUUUGAGUUAGAGAUAAUAAAUUGACUUCAAGGGCUUAUAUGACAAAUGAGUUUACUAUCUGACUUUAAAUUAGAGGUGAUUUAUUGACCUUGAGGAUAAAUAAGUCCACACUCAUACUUAGAGGUGAUUUAUUGACCUUGAGGAUAAAUAAGUCCACACCCAUACUUAGAAGUGAUUUAUUGACCUUGAGGAUAAAUAAGUCCACACCCACACUUAGAGGUGAUUUAUUGACCUUGAGAACUUACAAUUAGACAAUAGGAUCAAAUAAGUCCACACCCUGACUUUGAGGUGAUUUAUUCACCUUGAGAACUUAUAAUUAGACAACAGGAUAAAUAAGCCCGCACUCUGAUAUAUAGUCAACAAAGGGUCAAUACUAAAUUAUUAAGGAGACACUUUCAUUUUUUGAAAACUAAGAUCUUAUUUCAUUCCUUACUGCCAGUAAAUUGGUAAGACUUGUAAGAUGCUCAUAAUUGGUUUUUGUGUAUCAAUUUUUUUUAUUUCCAUUUAAUUUGCAAAUAAUUUGCUUUAAUUUGAAAAUUAAAAUCAUCAGUAUAGAUUAAAUUUUUCAAUGAGGCCUUGUACUGAAUUAUAUUAACUUCAACUUUCAACUGCAGAUUACAAGAAAGCAAUAGACUUUUUGUACUUAGUGAACAUUAGUGGGGUAGAUCAGUGUUUUGUAUUCAGAGGUCUGUGUUCAUUUACUGGGUUACAAGAGGAGGAAAGUUCACCAUAAAGAAUGACAAUCAAUUCUUCAAUCAAACGUUUUCCUUAGCUGUGGAUAUAUUUAGAUUUACCAAUUAAAUGAUCAUUGAUGAACAUUUACAUUCUGGAGUUUGACCUGUAUAAUAUCUUAGCAUGCGACUUGAGGUUGAUGUUGAUGUUGCUUUAAAUGCUUUCUAGGAGAUAGCUUGGUGGUGCAGCUUUUAUUCACAGCUCCUGAUGUUCAUUAUGUGAGUACCUCUUACUUUCAUAUCUCAAUGAAUUGUUUGUCAAAAGGAACUCUCUCGCCAUUAUUUUUUGUGUUCUCAAACCCUAUCAUUUUCAUCUGUUUUUCCAUGUUACAUCUCUGUUAUUGAUUAAUGACAUGAGGCUAGCUUAUUAUGUAAGAUUGAUCACUUUAAACCCUUUAUCAUAAAUAACCAUGUAACAUGAACUUGUCCAUUUAUAUUAUGCAUAAUGAUGCAAAUUUUGUUUACAUAUAUGAACAUUGUUUAAUGAAUCAGUCAUUUUUUUGCUUCACUUGUACUAGUCAUACUGUAGCCCAACAUUUUGUAGUUAACAUACUGUAGACUUAGCUGUGUAGCUUAUGUUUUUAUAAAGUCAUUGUACUUGUAAACGACAUAUGGUUCAUAAAUUAUAUGGACGAUAAAAAUAAAAAUAAAAAACAAUUAUGAAAAUUCAA